AAGAAGACUGACUUAACUGUUAAUCACAAGUAGUUUAUCAUUGUACAAAGUACUGCAUUUGUAUAAAAAAAAUCAUGGAGACAAAUGAAAGAAAUCAGCUGUCAAAUGGAGAUGCUGCAAACAAUAGAGAUAUAGAUUGGUCCAGAUAUGGAUUACACAAUAAUGCAGAAUCCCAGAGGAAUAAUGAAACACAAAGGACCAACAGAGAAUAUGAAGAACUUGGACCUGAAAUGUAUCAAACUGGAGCAAAUGAAUUGUUUGCUCAAGAAUAUAGUUCUGAUCCUUGGUGGAAAUCAAAUUUUUUCAUUUCCCAACCUGUAUUGUUUGGAACAUGGGAUGGGGUGUUUACAUCUUGUCUUAUUAAUAUUUUUGGAGUUAUUGUAUUCUUAAGAUCAGGGUGGAUAGUAGGUCAAGCUGGGGUUCUUAAUGCUGUAUUAAUAAUUUUAUGUACAGUAUGCAUUGCAUUAAUAUCAGUGUUAUCUGCUGUGGGUAUAUGUGAAAGAUGUCGUGUAGAAAGUGGGGGAGUUUACUUUCUACUGUCACAUGUGUUAGGAUCAAGAUUUGGUGGAUCUAUUGGAUUGCUAUAUUGUUUUGGACAGGCGGUGGGCUGUGCUCUAAAUGUUCUAGGUUUUGGAGAGUCUAUGGCUGGUCUUGUGGGUUUAGAAUCUGCAUGGGCAGAGCGUGGUUUUGCUUGUACUGCUGUUAUCUUGUUAUCUAUUAUUAAUAUAGCAGGUGUCAAGUGGGUUAUAAAGCUCCAAUUUAUUCUCUUGCUAAUUUUAUUGCUUGCUGGUGUAGACUUUAUGGUUGGAAGUUUCACUCAUGUGAAUGUUGAUGCUGGGUUUGAUGGUUGGUUGUCAGGAAAUUUAAAAAAUAAUACUUUCCCCAACUAUCAGGAUGGAUAUAGUUGGUUCACAGUAUUUGGUGUAUUCUUUCCCACAGUAACUGGUGUUUUAGCUGGUAUUAAUAUGAGUGGAGAUUUAAAACAUCCAUCUACCGAUAUUCCUAACGGCACAUUGGCAGCUGUAGGAACUGGAACUCUUUUAUAUCUAUGUUUUUCAAUGUUUCUUGCUGCAACUUGUACUCGAAAGGCACUUCUUACGAACUUUAUGAUUGCAUCAACGGUGUCGGCGAUUUCAGUAUUGUUGCUAGCAGGUCUUUAUGUGUCGUCAUUUAGUAGUUGUUUGGGCGCAAUGUAUGGUACUCCUCGAGUUUUGCAAUCUAUUGCUAGUCAAAAUGUUAUUCCAGGGAUCAGUUGUUUGCAAAGAGGAAAAGGACCAAACAAGGUGCCGAUAUAUGCGAUGUUAGUUGUCGCCAUUGUUACAUUGACCUUUAUCAUUGCCGGUCAAAUUAACACACUUGCGCCAAUAGUUACAAUGCCAUUUCUCUUGACGUACGCGUGUUUAGACUACGCGUAUUUUGCCCUCGCACAAACAUUCGAUAUACAAUUGUCCCGUGAGCAAAGAUUUCGAACGCAGUCUCCGACAUUCGAUCGCGAGUACGGCUCUGCAAGUCGCACCAAUUCAAUAACUGAUAUUGAUAAUGAUCUGGAUAGUUUAUUCCCCGAACGGAUAAGACAUAAGAAUCUUGUCAGAAAUCCCAGUCUUUCCGAAAAUAAUGUUUAUAUAGAUUCUUCACCAAGUAUUGAUGAAAAUGGUAGUAGUACAGAUAAUUCUGAACGAAAAGUUCAUAUUCAUAAUAAGCUAGGAAAUUGGUACAGUCCUUUGUGUAACAGAUGGUUUUCUCUACUAGGAUGUCUCAUAAAAUUACUCAUUAUGUUUCUCGUUCAUUGGGGUUACGCUAUUGCCAAUAUCGUUGUGGUUUUCCUUGUUUGGAGUUACAUUGGUCACGCUAAUCCUGCAGUUAAACCAGGAGUUUCGUCUGAAUUUAAAUUUUUCAAGUGGCUAAGACUGUCGAUAUUAAGGCUUAUGGGGAGAAAAGUUUACGAUUAUGAACAAAUUGUCGUUACGCCUGUGCAUCCGGGUGUAGAAACUUGUCAGGCACAAUUGAACGAGGAAAAUGAAGAUUUUGCUGGUAGGCGAAGAUAUCAUCAAACAGCUACAGUUACGGGACAAUAUGUGAACGUUGAUUGAAUAUCGAGCAUACAAGAUAACUAGGAAAAAUUACGAUUUUAAGAGAAGGAAUUGUAUAAGAAUCAUAUUACUUUCAUAAUUUAGAAUAGAGCAAAACCGAGAGAAGAGCGUUGCAAUUUGUAACGCUAAUGAUCGCACAAAACUAGUCUAAUUAAAAACAUUUCAUAUCUUAGGCACAAGGAAUUUUUUAUCAAAUGCCACACAGUAGCCUUAAUAAUAUUAGUAAUUGAAUAAGAAGAAGAACAGAAAAUAUGCCAUGCCUAGCGGUUGAAUAACACAAAAAGUUAUCGCGCGACUUUUUGUACCAAUUUACACGACGUACGUCAAA